AACGAGCUGGUCAUCACCUUGGCGACGGAACUCCGCCAGGUCUUCCCUUACGAGAUGGCCUGGCGGCGUAAAAUCGACGACUAUUUCAUCAAAUUCGAAGCGUCGCUCAACAACGCGACGGCACGUGGUUAUUCCACUCACAAAAGGGCCUUCUACAAGUGGGACUACCUCGACUUCCUCCUCUUCAGCCUUCAGCUCGUCACUGGACAAGGAUACGGAACGGACGUACCAAAGACGGAAUGGUCGUUGUUGCUCAGCAUUCCGUGCGUUCUGAUCGGAUUGCCUUUCAUGUGGCUCUUCCUAAUCGACUUGGGAGCCAAAUGGGCCGACACGUUAUCCAAUAGCAUCCAACGCUUCCGCUGGAACUUGGCCCGGCGCUAUCCGGACGUCGUUUCUUUGCAAAACGAUACGGGAAUGUUACAGCUACCACCGUCUCUUCGCCACCUGAAUCAAAACGGACUGGAACGAUACAAUGAAAAUGCACCGGUCAUUCGUACGUACCAAAACGGGAAUGGCGGAAGGAUGCUGCCUAAUGGAGAUGCUCAAGACUCGCGAUUCUAUUCUCAAGCGCCAGAAGAGAAUUCGCCUACGGUGAGAUCAGUGUGGACAGUAGAGCCAGUGACAGUACCCAUGGAACCGGAACCCUCCGCCAAAGCAGCGAAACUGUUGGACGUGCCUGCCGAUGAAGUGUACCAUCACGCUACACCCUGGGUGGCUACUGUUUUCAUCGUUCUCUACCCAUUUCUGGGCAGUUUGGUCUUUGGUUUUUGGGCUAAUUUGCCCUUCACUACCAGUUUCGUUCUUCCUCUCACGUCGUUGAUGCUCAUCAGCCCACCGGCCGUCUUCACCAGCUUCUUAUGGAGGACCAUGUUCCACCUGUACGUCCUCAUUGGAUGGGUUCUUCUGAUUGCCACCUUCUUAUUGUGGCAUCGAUCGUGGCGCGAUAUUAUUAGAAAUUGGGCUCACGAUCUCAGCAUUAAACAUUCCACGAAGACUUACCCUCUUCAGAUGAGAUAAAACUCUCAAUCGCCGUC